UUCUCUACUUCCAUUUUUCUUUCUUCUUCACAAUUCAGUGAUGGAUUGGGUACGAGGAGAAUCACUUGGUAGAGGAACCUUUGCAACUGUUAAUCUAGUCUUACCCAAAGGUGCUUCGAAUUCUACUCUAUUUCCUUCUCCGACAGCCGUCAAAACAUCCGAGGUUUCAACCUCGUAUACCCUUAAAAACGAGAGACAUGUUCUUGAUUGUCUAGGUUCCUGUCAACAAAUGAUUCGCUGUUUCGGAGAUGAUUAUACCUUUGAGAAUGGCCACGAGUAUUACAAUUUGUUUCUUGAAUACGCUUCCGCUGGAACUCUUGCUGAUCAAGUUAAAUUCCACGGUGGCCGGAUUCCAGAACUAAAUAUUCGCGGUUACACCAGGUCAAUCGUGGAGGGCCUUAACCAUAUUCAUAGCAAUGGAUUCGUUCAUUGUGAUAUAAAGCUUCAAAACAUUCUUGUAUUUCAUGAUGGUGAAAUCAAAAUCGCUGAUUUUGGUUUAGCUAAAAAAUCAGGGGAAGAGCAGAGUGAAAAACAGAGGUUCGAAUGCAGGGGUACUCCACUGUAUAUGUCGCCGGAAUCAGUGAUCCACGGAGAGCAUGAGUCGCCGGCAGAUAUUUGGGCACUUGGGUGUGCCAUGGUGGAGAUGAUGACGGGAAAACCAGCAUGGAAUAUAGAGAAGGAUUCGAAUAUGUUGUCGUUGUUGCUUCAAAUUGGUACAGGAGAAAAAUCACCGAUGAUACCAGAAGAUUUGUCAAAAGAAGGAAAAGAUUUUGUUGAGAAAUGUUUAGUUAAGGAUCCAAGAAAAAGAUGGACGGCUGAGAUGCUUUUGAAUCAUCCUUUUAUUGAAGACGUGAAGAAUGUUAACGAACCAUCACCAAGAAAUCAUUUUGAUUUCAAUGAUUGGGUUUCUAGUGUUGGUGAUGCAGCUCCAAGCUCCCCGGAAUAUGAAGAAUUGUGUCAAUGGGAUUUUGAUUAUUGUUCUUGUUUGGCAGCGGAUCGGCUCAGGCAGCUUGUGACGGUUGAAUUGCCCGUUAGUUGGUCAGAAUCAGACAGUUGGAUUAAUGUUAGGUCAGAAUGAGUGAGAUUGUAAGAUUUUUUUUUUUUUUUUUAUAGAAAACAAUCUCAUUCAUUAAAUGAAAAAGAGAGAAUACAAACAUAAAGAAAUAAAAUGUGUUAGGGCAUUUCUCAUCAACACAUUGACAACAUCACUAAUAAUUAAGACUAACAAGCUAUGGACAUUACAAAGCUUUGAGAGAAUAGAAACCAAAAGGAAGGUACCAAACCAAAACUUUAAUCCAAUCAACCAAGCAAAGUUCUUCCACAAGAGACAUGUGAGUUUUGGAACUCCAAUCUUUAAAUCUAUCCAAUUACGGAUCAUAUCUUUAGCUUUGACACUAGCUUUAUCACGCUCAAAUCGAUUAUUCGGGUUCACGAUAUUGAUUAAUCUCAUCACUUGUGAAUGAAACAAUUGUUGACUGAAAAGAGGAGUUUGAUUUACCACAUCCCUAGUAAGAUUCUUACUCCAAAACACAUUUCCUCCGUCCAAGCUUCUUUGAGGCAUUUCAUCAAAUACCUUGAGCACAAACUUAAAACAACCUAAAUCUAAUAAUAACACACCCAACAAAACAAACCAAACAAGAAAAAAUAGAACACACAACAA